CGCAGUUGUCAUUCAUUUUAGCGUGCCGGAACAGUCAGAUAAAGUCAUGUUGACCCCGUCGAAGGAGGGGAUGCCCAGUAUGAUUGACAGGGCGCUGAGGAUGAGGAGGGAGGAGCAGGCUCGUCAGGUGGUCCUUGCCUGGGCUGUCCUCAACAUGUCCCUGGCUGGCAUGAUUUACACUGAAAUGUCUGGGAAAUUGCUGAGUCGAUACUUCAACAUCACCUAUUGGCCUAUCUGGUACAUUGAACUGGUGCUAGCUUCUCUUUUUAGUCUCAAUGCUCUUUUUGACUUCUGGAAAUAUUUCAAAUACACAAUGGCUCCCUCCAGCAUUGCUGUAUCCCCUGUGCAGCAUCGACUCCUUGGUCUGAGAAACACAAGUAUUCAGGCCUCUCCACCCCAGAAGCCAGAGAAGAAGGAAACUCCACUUCCUGCCCAGUCGUCUCCACUGCAGGGCCAGAGUGUGCUGAGUUUCAGUCCCUCGCGACCAGCCACCACCAGCCCCAAGUUCUCUCCCAGCUCUGUGCCCGGGUACAACCCUCCUCUCAGCAACCCAUCCACUCCAAGCAGUGCAGGGGGCCCCUUUUCACCCUCAGUGGCCUUUGGAAAGGUGUUAAACUACAGUCCCUCCCCUGGCUCUUCUCCCUAUUCCCCGAGCAGCAUUGGGCCAGCAGAAGGCUCCAGCUUGAGGGCUCGAUACCGUACUUCCCCCUCUGUGUUUAACUCUCCGGGAAGCAAGGAGGACUACAUGGAAGAUCUGAAAAGCCUGGAGAGGUUUCUCCGUACCGAGGAGGAGAAGGGUCAUCGCAGCCAGCUAGGGAGUCCAGAGUCUGUGUCUCCGAGCCACAGUCCAACAUUUUGGAACUACAACCGCUCAGUGGGGGAUUACGCCCAAAGUCUGAGAAAAUUCCUGUACCAGCCUGCCUCUCGCUCUCAGGCCCCAUCUGCACACAAGGAUGAGACUGACUUGGGCUCCAAACAGGCUGCAGAAGAGGUGUGGGCCAGAAUCACAACCAGUCGCCCUGUAGUGGAUCGCAUUGAUAGCUGGACAGCCAAGCUUAGGAAUUGGAUCAGUGACACCAUCUUGGUCCCCCUGGUCAAGGAAAUAGACUCUGUCAACAGCCAGCUCAGGAGGAUGGGCUGCCCUGAACUCCAGAUAGGAGAGGCCAGCAUCAGCAGCUUGAAACAGGCAGCGGUGAUGAAAGCCUCGUCCAUCCCCACAAUGAACUCUAUUGUCCAGUACCUGGACAUCACUCCCAACCAGGAAUAUGUAGUAGAUCGCAUAAAAGAGCUGGCCCACAGUGGAUGCAUGAGCUCCUUUCGCUGGAAUGGUGGUGGUGAUUUGAAGAACAGAAAAUGGGACACAGACCUACCUACUGACUGUGCUAUCCUCAUGCAUGUGUUUUGUACAUAUUUGGACUCCAGACUACCCCCACACCCCAAGUACCCAGAUGGGAAGACUUUCACUGCACAGCACUUCAGCCACACCCCGGACAAGCCUGAUGUCACCAAGGAGAACCUCUUCUGCAUCCACCAGAGCAGCACCACUCCCCCUCACUACCAGCUCAUCUACCAGGGACACAUCUACAGUCUACCCAAGGGCAGGAACAACCUGUUCCACACAACCCUCAUGUUCCUCUAUGUCAUUAAGACUAAGGAGUCAGGGAUGCUGGGGAGAGUAAAUCUUGGCCUCUCUGGCGUGAACAUCCUGUGGAUUUUCGAAAACUAAUGCAUCGUAGUUUUUAUAAGCAACACAGAGCCGCAGGUGAAUUUUUCUUCCCUCAACUCUGUUGGAAUAUUGCCUCAACUAAAGGACUUCUCUUUCAGGGGUGCGUCGGAAAAAGAGCACUUCACUUUGAAAGACACACUGAAUGCAUAUUUUUGGACACUUUCUCAUUUUUAGUGUACAAAUUGGCAACAAACUGUAUUGUCAGAGACAUUUUUAAGAGCACAUUUCUGCUACACCAAUGUGUGCUUAUGAUACAAUGCAGAGCUGUAUUUUUUAACAUUGUUUAGUUGCCUAAUUUUUGUAUUUUGAGAAUGUACCAGCAUGGCAGCCUUGUAAAUAACAUACCUCAGGUUGGUGGUAAAGGGCUUUGACCCAUUAGCUUGAAUGUUAAUACAGUAUGUGUGGACUCGACUUUGUUCGUUUAGUCUCAGUUACCCAUUGCAGUUUGUUUUUCUGUAGUAUGAAUGAGUGAAGAUACUCCCGGCAUGUUCGUUAGGUCACCUACAGAAAUUGGUCAUGUACAAAAUGAAGCAAUAGUAAAAGAAUACAAGUAAUUGUAUUCUGUAUUUGCUAAGCUUGUUGCAUUUCUAGGCUGCAAUGCAGCACAUAACUGUACAGUGUUUAUUCUUUUUGAUAUGUGAUGGAGCACAAAUCUAAAGCCUUUGAAUUGCCAAAGUCUGUGUAUUUCUGAAUAUGAUUUCUUUUACAAAAGAGCUCUGAAUGCCAUUUAUUUUGACUUAUGUCAGCAGUUUGUUGGAUAUCACAAUUUCUGCAUUAAGUCUGCUUGUUUUCAAUAUUGCUGUUUUACAAAUAUCACCUGAGACUUGAAAAUAAAAUU